UAAUCGAAACCUCGCGAGCAUGUCCAAUCGCCUACGGACAUUCGUUAAGUCCUUGAUCACGCUUGAUCGACUGCAACUUCAAGCCGAUGCGCGUAACGCGUCGCAGCAACAAUUCAGCCUCACCUCAAAAUCUUCUGCACACGCCGCACGAAGGAACGACGGAACAAAGGAACGACGGAACGGAACUCAGCGUGCUCGCAAAGAUUGGCCUACGACGUGCACCCGAGGGACGCUAAGCGAUCUUCGACGAUGUCUUGUAAUUUGUGCAAAGUAUAAUGUUUGGUUCGCGAGUUUGGCGAAGAGCCACGCAGUUCGACGAACGUCGGAGGAACGGAAACAGGGAUGUAACGGGCGUCUUCAGGGCUGCCGGAUCCAAAGUUCGAACGUAGAUAUCUGGAUUUUCUUGGCCGAUGUUGGCGCAGCAGAACAAUGCAGAUUUCCAUCAGUCACCAAGUUCUUCAUCAAAGAGAUUCCGAUUCCAAUGUACCGAGUCUCUCGUGACCUUCGUUCAAAAUACCUUCCGAUUCUGGAUUCUGUGGCCACCUUCACAUGCAUGAAAGAACAGGAAGGGAGGAGGAACGGCUCUUGCAAUCCGAAGGGACGGAAACGAACCCCGGCCGAAGACUGUCGUCGGUUGUUACGGCGCGUGGGCGCCUGCAGCAAGAACCAAACGGCUGUCAACGCUGGCAGCGGCACCUGGCCGUGGAUAAUUGUUGCUGUUGGCAAACGCUGCGACACCGCUUCUCCUCCUCUGUCUCCCCGGUAUCGCUCCCGACUUCAUUCUUCGACGUCUCCUCAAUCAGCCAACAAUCCUGCAGAUUAACCAUGGCACGAUUCGCGUUGCUGACAGCAGGUGGUAAAAAGCUGCUGUACAAGUAUAUCCUCGGAGAG